AUGGCACCAGGGAAAUAUUUCCUUCCGGGCUUGGCUCCUUUCGGUCGACAAGCUACAGUUGUGCCGUUAACAUUUAUCAUAGGCUGCUCUGCUGUGAGGGAAAUUUACGAAGAUUUGCGACGAAGAGUAAGAGACCGCAAAGUGAAUUAUCAAAUGUGUUUCGCACACACAGACAAUGGUUGGAGAGCAGUGCGCUGGUGUGAGCUUCAUGUGGGUCAGUUAAUAAGAGCAGUAAAUGGAGAACAACUUGCGGCUGAUUGUCUCAUUCUCGCAACAUCCGAGCCGGGUUCGGUUGCCUACGUUGAGACUGCAAAUCUGGACGGAGAGAGCAGUUUAAAGGAGUUUUGGAACAGUAAUACAGAAAUAGUGUAUGAUGCUCCCAACCGUAAUAUUUAUGAAUUCCAAGGGUAUCUAACCGGAGAUUCAGCACUCCUCUCAUCGCAACAGGAUAGUGUCAGCUUGAGCCAUGACUUUAUCAAUGCUAGUACUCUCAACAGUCAAGAACGUCCUAACUAUCUAACUCUGGGUUUUGCAGCCAAAGACUCAACACCACAUAAUGGGGUUGUAACGCCUGCCAUGGUCGCACUAUCAAAUGCACACAUAAUUUUGAGAGGAGCUCGUCUUAAAAACACAGAUAAUAUAUAUGGUAUCGUUUUGUACACAGGAUCGGACACUAAGUUAAUAAAAAACAGCAUCAAGCGGGUCAUGAAGAGUUCGCUCCUUGCCAGCAUUACAAAUUCGGUGAUGCUCACACAAUUUGGCAUUGUACUCUUGUUGUGUGUGGCCCAUUCCAUCUUAGGUCGUCUAGCACAGCCAGUCCCAUUCCUUGUCUCUCAAUUCACGAACCAUUUUGAUGAUUCACUCAUGUCCAUCUUUCUCCAGUGCUUAGUAUUGUUCAGUGGAUUCAUCCCAAUUUCCUUAUAUGUCACCUUAGAGAUGAUUCAAAUAGUUCAGGGAACAUUUAUUCAAAAGGUGAAAUACGUAAUGUCCGAUAAGACUGGCACUUUGACCCAAAACUGUAUGAGAUUUCGCAUGUGUUCCGUUGGUGGUGUGAAAUACGCAAAUCGAAGAAGUCGACGAGAAAAGGACUUCUCACCAAAAAAAUUGAUUAAUCAUAUGACAACCAAUGAAAUGAAAAAUGCUACACAAAUACGUGAAUUCCUAAUCGCAUGCGCUAUCUGCCACACUGCCACUACGGACAAGAACUCGAGUGGCAACCAGCGACCAUUUUUUCAUGCUACCUCCCCAGACGAACAUGCUCUGUUGGAAUUAGCAGCUGAUGCUGGAUUCGUUUUCAAGAAGCGACCUCCAGGAAAAUGUAUCGUUAAUGUAGUAGGUGGCUUUGUUCCAAUAGUUCUUGAAGUUUCUCCUGCACCCGAAAUCUGCUUUGAUGAUUUAAAGCUGGGAACAACAUUAGAGUACGAUCUGGUUGCCGUUCUUGAGUUCGACUCAAUUCGAAAGAGAAUGUCGGUAAUUGUCAAAGAUCCUAAUGGGAACUACAAACUGUACAUCAAAGGAGCGGACCAAAAAAUCUUUGAGAGGUUAGGAUACGCAUCGGCCAAAGAGAUGAAGAGAACUGGUGGUCACUUGCAACAAUUUGCUUUUAGUGGUUAG